CCCCGGGAGGGACACGACGGGGCCGGGGGUUGGACCGGUUCGGAACCGCUCGCGUUGAGCUGAGCACCCGCGGAGGCAGCCGAGGAGGGGGGCUGUCGCCAUGUCGGUGUCACACAGCUCCAGGCUGAACAAGCUGGUGCGGGAGCAGUACAUGAGGCUGCCCCAGGACGGGCUGGUGCAGGUCACCUACGUCUGGAUCGACGGCAGCGGGGAGGGGGUGCGCUGCAAGAGCAGGACCCUCGACAAGGAGCCCAAGAGCAUCGAAGAUGUCCCCGAGUGGAAUUUCGAUGGCUCCAGCACGGCACAAGCUGAGGGCUCCAACAGUGACAUGUUCCUGGUGCCUGUCUGCAUGUUCAGGGACCCUUUUUGCCUGGACCCCAACAAGCUGGUGCUCUGUGAAGUGCUCAAGUACAACAGGAAGCCUGCAGAAACCAACCUGAGACACACGUGCAAGAAAGUCAUGGACUUGGUGAAGGAUUCCCACCCCUGGUUUGGGAUGGAGCAGGAAUACACCCUGCUGGGCAUCAAUGGCCACCCCUACGGCUGGCCCGACAACGGCUUCCCUGGCCCCCAGGGCCCCUAUUACUGCGGGGUUGGAGCAGAUAAGGUGUAUGGGAGGGAUAUUGUGGAGUCCCACUACAAGGCGUGUCUGUACGCGGGGGUGAAGAUCUGCGGCACCAACGCGGAGGUGAUGCCCUCCCAGUGGGAAUUCCAGGUGGGUCCAUGCGAAGGCAUCGAGAUGGGGGAUCACCUCUGGAUGGCUCGGUUCAUCCUCCACCGUGUCUGUGAGGACUUUGGGGUCGUGGCUACUCUGGACCCCAAACCCAUGACCGGCAACUGGAACGGCGCUGGGUGUCACACCAACUACAGCACCGAGGAGAUGCGGAGAGAAGGAGGCCUCAGACACAUCGAAGCUGCCAUCGAGAAGCUGAGCAAGCGGCACCACUACCACAUCUGCGUCUACGACCCUCGGGGGGGGAGGGACAACUCCCGGCGCCUCACCGGCCACCACGAAACCUCCAGCAUCCUCGAGUUCUCUGCCGGCGUCGCCAACCGUGGGGCCAGCAUCCGCAUCCCACGCCAGGUGGGUCAGGAUGGCUGCGGGUACUUCGAGGACCGGCGGCCGGCGGCCAACUGCGACCCUUACGCUGUCACCGAGGCCAUCAUGAGGACCACGGUGCUGAACGAGACGGGGGUGGAGACCAAGGACUAUGCGGAGCACUGAGGCCCCGCGGGGGGUGGAGGUUUCGGUUUCUACUUUAGCUUCUCAGGGGGGUUGUGCCCCUGCGGUGUCCUUGGCUGCAAGCUCAGACUCUUAGGAACGUCGCUUCUGGUUUUGUGAAACGUCGCCUUAGAAAAAAAAAAAAAAAAAAUUAUAUAUUUUAUAGUAAGGGGGAGGGGCCCAAACUAUUUUCUCAGCCUCUGUUUUUCCGGUUCCUGGUUUUAAGUACACACGGGGAGGUUUGGUUUGGUUUUGUUUUUUUUUUUAAACUUGGAUGGAUUUUUAUUUUUUUUCCCUGAUGGACUUCACACUGUGAUGUACAUAGAUCCCAACAUGGAAGCUGCAGCUGCUGCUGUUUGCCCCUGGGGAGGGUGGGUGCUUUUCCUCCCCCCCCAUAUCUCUGUUUAUAAGGAAAUGGUAAUAAAUAACUCUCCUGGCUGCGUGGCAGCCGGGUGAUGCUGUGGCAGGUGAUUUUUUUUUUCUGUAGCUCUGUGGAGGAUUU